AUGGCCAAGCGCGUGGAGGCCCGCAACCUGACCUCACUGGCCAAACUCCCGAAUGAGACCAUCUUUGUCGGGUUUGAGUUUAUGCACAGCCUGCUACAGGAAUGGGGGCAGGAGCUGCAGGGCAUGCUCAACAGCAGCCAGAGGACACAUUAUGAUAGCUACCGGCUGUGUGACAGUCUGACUUCCUUCAGCCAGAACUUAAAGCUCUACCUGGAUACCACCAGCUUGUCCAAGGAGGAGAGGCAGGUGGUCUCUGAGCUGGCAGAGUGUGUCAGGGACUUCCUGAGGAAAACGAGCAGGGUGCUAAAGAACAAGGGCUUCGAGGACAUCACUGCCUCCAUUGCCAUGGCCAUUAUUGAGCAGAAGAUGGACCGGCAUAUGGAAAUGUGCUCCAUUUUUGCUUCUGAGAAGAAGUGGGCUUUCUCAGAUGAAUGGGUAGCCUGUCUGGUUAAUAACAGGGCUCUCUUCCAAGAGCCAGAGUUGGUUUUCAAGCUACUGGAAACAGUGAUGGAAGUCAGCACAACUGACAGUGCAGUCCUUGAAUCUCAGGUCAAACAAGUGAUUGACUUGAUCCUGGAAUGUUACACAGAACUCUCAAUGCCAGAUAAAAAUAAAGUCCUCUCAGGUGUCCUGCAUUCCUGGGGGCAGAAGGGCCUAUCUGAAAAGUUGUUGGCUUACUUAGAGGGUUUUCAGGAAGACCUUAAUAUGACUUUUAACCAGCUCACACAGAGUGCUUCUGAACAGGGCUUGGCUAAAGCUGUGGCUUCUGUGGCCCGCCUGGUAAUACUGCAUCCAGAAAUCACAGUGAAGAAAAUGUGCAGCAUGGCUGUGAUCAAUAUGCUCUCUCUCUUGGUGGUAGAUGUGGGCAAUCCCGAAGAGGUCAGAUUGUUUAGCAAGGGCUUUCUGGUGGCCCUGGUACAAGUCAUGCCUUGGUGCAGCCCCCAGGAAUGGCAUUACCUUCACCAGUUGACCAGGAGACUGCUGGAGAAACAGCUUCUCCAUGUCCCUUAUAUCCUGGAAUAUAUUCAGUUUGUUCCCCUGCUCAACCUAAAGCCCUUUGCCCAGGAUCUCCAACUCUCUGUACUUUUCCUGAGAGCUUUCCAGUUUCUCUGCAGCCAGAGCUGUCGUAAUUGGCUGCCUAUGGAAGGCUGGAGCCAUGUGGUCAGGCUCCUCUGUAGCAGUCUGACCAACGUCCUGGACUCAGUUAGAUUGUUACAGUCAGUUGGCCCUUGGGCCCAAGGACAAGAACAUGACCUGACCCAGGAGACCCUGUUUGUUUAUACCCAGGUGUUCUGUCACGUUUUGCACAUCAUGGCCAUGCUGCCCCAAGAGGUCUGUGAGCCCCUCUAUGUUUUGGCUUUGGAAAUUCUCACCUGCUAUGAAACUCUGAGCAAGACCAACCCUUCUAUUAGCUCCUUGCUCCAGAAGGUAAAUGAGCAACACUUCUUAAAGUCCAUUGCUGAGAAUAUUAGCCCAGAGGAGCGGCGCCAAACUCUGCUGCAGAAGAUCAGCAACUUCUGACCUUUGUAGGUCAGAAGAAAGCUGGGCCUCAACAUGGUGGGUCUGAGGGGUUAGAGCUGAGAAGCACAAACUUUACAGUUAUGUGAAAUUGUAAACAAGAUAACCAGUCUAUGGCAAUCACGGUGUAAAGAAAGUAGUUUCUUAGAUAUUUGUAACAUACGAACUAUAAUAAAAUUCUCCUCUUUUGAGUCUCAAAAAAAAAAAAAA